AUGAAGUUUGACAUUGAUGGCCUGCCGGUUUUAUUCCCAUACCCAAGGAUAUAUCCCGAGCAGUAUGCCUACAUGUGCGAUCUCAAAAAAACUCUCGACGCUGGCGGGCACUGCGUCUUGGAGAUGCCUUCCGGGACCGGAAAGACGGUGUCUCUGCUCUCUCUCAUCGUCGCCUACCAACAGAACAUGCCGGAGAGGCGAAAGCUCAUCUAUUGCUCACGAACAAUGUCCGAGAUCGAAAAGGCCCUUGUUGAGCUAGAAUCGCUCAUGAAGUACCGGGCAGAACAGCUUGGCUACGAAGAGGAUUUUCGCGGCCUCGGACUGACCAGUCGAAAGAACCUGUGUCUCCAUCCAUCAGUCAAGCGUGAGAAGAGUGGCUCAAUCGUCGACGCUCGUUGCAGGAGCUUGACGGCUGGUUUCGUCAAGGAGAAGAAAGACCGGGGUGAGAGUGUGGAUGUCUGUGUCUACCACGAUAACCUAGACCUUCUGGAGCCGCACAACUUGAUUCCUAAUGGAGUCUGGACAUUCGAUGGUAUCCUUCGCUACGGCGAGGAGCACAAGCAGUGUCCAUACUUUACGGCCCGGAGAAUGAUGCAAUACUGCAACGUCGUCAUCUUUUCGUACCACUACCUCUUGGAUCCCAAGAUUGCCGAGCGAGUCUCACAGGACUUUUCCAAGGACUGCAUAGUAGUUUUUGACGAGGCGCACAACAUCGACAAUGUCUGCAUCGAGGCUCUAAGCACAGACAUCACCGAGGAGUCUCUGCGCAAGGCAACUCGAGGGGCACAGAACCUGGAGCGUAAAAUCGCAGAAAUGCGAGACACUGAUCAAGAGCAGCUUCAGAACGAGUACCAAAAGCUCGUCCAAGGCCUUCGCGACGCCGAAGAAGCCCGGCAGGAAGACGCUUUCAUGUCCAAUCCCGCUCUACCCGAGGAUCUACUCAAAGAAGCCGUUCCGGGAAACAUCAGGCGGGCCGAGCACUUUGUUGCCUUUUUGAAGCGCUUCAUCGAAUAUCUCAAGACGCGCAUGAAAGUUCGCCAAGUCAUCUCGGAAACGCCUCCAUCCUUUCUGGCUCAUCUCAGAGAGCAUACUUUCAUCGAAAAGAAGCCUCUGAGAUUCUGCGCAGAGCGCUUGACGUCUCUAGUGCGGACACUGGAGCUAACCAACAUCGAGGAUUACCAACCUCUGCAAGAGGUGGCCACGUUCGCCACACUGGUAGCAACCUAUGAAAAGGGUUUCCUGCUCAUCCUGGAACCGUACGAGUCAGACACGGCCGAGGUCCCCAACCCCAUCUUUCACUUUACCUGUCUGGAUGCCGCCAUCGCGAUUCGGCCAGUCUUCGAGAGGUUCUACUCUGUCAUUAUCACCUCGGGCACCAUCUCCCCUCUCGAGAUGUACCCCAAGAUGCUCGACUUUUCAACCGUCAUCCAAGAGUCCUACAGCAUCACCCUGGCCCGAAGGUCAUUCUUGCCUAUGAUAGUCACCCGCGGCAGUGACCAGGCCUCCAUCUCCACCAGCUUCCAAGUCCGAAACGAGCCCAGCGUGGUUCGGAACUACGGCACGCUGCUGACGGAGUUUGCAAAGAUCACACCCGACGGCUUGGUCGUGUUUUUCCCAUCAUAUCUGUACAUGGAGUCCAUCAUCAGCAUGUGGCAGGGCAUGGGGAUUCUGGACGAGGUCUGGAAGUACAAGCUGAUCUUGGUCGAGACACCCGACGCGCAAGAGACGUCCCUGGCCCUCGAGACGUACCGAACCGCCUGUUGCAAUGGACGCGGAGCCAUUCUGCUGUGCGUCGCCCGUGGAAAGGUCUCGGAGGGUAUCGAUUUCGACCAUCAGUACGGUCGGACCGUGCUGUGCAUCGGGGUCCCAUUCCAGUACACCGAGUCGAGAAUCCUCAAAGCAAGGCUCGAGUUCUUGCGGGAAACAUACCGCAUCAAGGAAAACGACUUUUUGUCUUUCGAUGCUAUGCGCCACGCCGCGCAAUGUCUCGGUCGAGUAUUGCGAGGCAAGGAUGACUACGGGAUCAUGGUUCUUGCCGAUCGCCGGUUCCAGAAGAAAAGAACUCAGCUGCCCAAAUGGAUCAACCAGGGACUGCUCGAGGCAGACGUCAAUCUGAGCACUGACAUGGCGGUCAGCAGUGCCAGGAGGUUUCUGAGGACUAUGGCUCAGCCGUUUCGGGCCAAGGACCAGGAGGGUAUCAGCACCUGGGGAUACAAAGACCUCAAACAGCAACAGGACAAGAUGGACAUGGAGAAGAGGCGCGAGCAGGAAGAGGCCGCGCGCUAUCCUACAGCGCAGGACCUUGCCGCCAUCAACAGUUAUGAAUACGAUGACGAGGAGCUGGAUAGGGACAUGAUGGACCUGGAUGGCUUCUAG